GAUCAUCAACAUUUGGAUGAUCCGAUGAACAAGCCUCUACUGGGCGCUGAGCGGUUUCUUGAACGGGCUCACCUUGAUGACACCUGUCAUCUGGAUCCCAAUUCCAUUCCCACAACAAACGAAUGUGAGUUUACGCUCGUUACUCUUCCGUUUCACGUGCUUUUUUUUCCCUUCUCCCAUUUUUACUACCACCUUCCUUGCCGAUCCCCCAACUGCUAUUUACUCGUCACGUAUUAUUCGGUUCAUUCGAGCGUUCUUGUCCAACUCUGGUCUUCCGGACCGGCGGUUCGACAGAUCGGGGUCGAGAGAGAGAGAACACUAAGGGAAGCGCAUGGAUUGACCAAAGGCGUGCACUUGGCAUUCUCCAAUCCUCAUCCCAAAAUUUUCAUCCCUUCAUCCUCCCACCCUUGGGUUCUUCUUUGGUAUCUCAUUAUAAAUCUUGAACGUAAUGUGUACAAAGCUGCCACACAGAGGUAGUAAUAGUACUUGCUUGAACGGUUUCGAAGCACUGCCUUCGGAGCUGAUUUCGAGUCGCUACUCCAUCGGACAAGGUGCAGGAUCCAUCCUGAAGGACGAAAAGCACAUGUGUCUCGGUCCUUCGUUCUUUUCGCAUGACCUCGACUUACAUUCAUGACUGCCUGCUUCGUAUUUCAUCGCUUAUGUGCACCCAACUCGUUCUUUCCUUCGAUCCUCUCAAUCCAACAUCUUUUUUUCUUCAUUCCCUCCUAUUUUUUACACUUCGCCGCGCGUCCGGUGAUCGUUUCUAUUCCUAAUGAAACCCUAGCGGUCAAAAAGUAUACAAAGCUAAUUACCCUUACCAUCUUUUCGG